CUGACGACGUGCAGACAGGCAGACCAUUUAAUGAUUCUCAGUGUCACUACACCAAUACCACUUCACCAUCUCAACCAUGACUCUGGCCUCAUUACUGUAAGCCUCUUGUGAUAGAGACUCAUCCUCUCUUCUCUCUCGACAUCUUCUUCAGCCAGAUCCUCUUUCCAUCUUGCUCUGAUCUUACCCUUGGUCGCUCCACCGCCUUGCUUGAUCAACUGAUAAUCUCAAACGUGUACCUCACAUCCACCUGGCAUAUCGAUACCAUGCCCAGUGAACGCUGUCAUCACUCCAUCAUUUCCCUUUGAAAGCUCAUCUUCAGGGCUAAUCAUGGUCGCCCGAAAGACCGACCAUCCUCUCUCCCCCAAUACCUCGGAUCAACCCGCUUUCGCCAACUACGAUCCCCUCCAUGAACAGAAUCUCUUCUCCAAUUCCUCUCAUCCCCCAUACCACCAACCCUACCAGGACCAAGUAAAUCCAUGGUCCGAUGCUCCCAGCCAUGACCUCUCUUCCGAUCGUCCUGUCCCAGACAUCCUAAGACCUGGCUCACGCACUCCCGAGACCCGUCCCACGCAACCCCACGUCUCCCUAAGCAAUGUUCCAGACGUUCUACGGUCCGCGAACACCGGCCAAAGUCGAGAUACCCCGAGAUCUUCAUUCGAAAGUGAUCGCUCGAGAGGCUUUUGGGAGGACUCGGAUGAUGAACAAGGCCAAAAAAGCCCAAAGAAGAAUAGGAGCCCUCAGCGCUCCUUUCUGCCCGAGAUAACCACCGGCAAUCCCAGCGAGCCCUGGAUAGCCAUUGAUCCACCAGAAAAAUCUCCCGGAAUCAAGAGGAAGCCAGUGGGCCUUUCGCAAUCUCAGCUAUCAGAGACCAGACUUGACCAACCUUCCCCCUCGGCCUUUGCAUCCAACAAUCCCUUUCGCAGACUAUCCCAGACCAGUGCCACAGAUCUUGUUCACGAGGCACCGGACUGGGGACAGGAUACCAAGGGCAAAGCACCAGCUCGACAGCACUCCGAUGCCCAACUCACUGACCAUUUUCAAGAUCUCAAUAUUGGAGUCAGUCAGCCCUUCAAUCCUUCCUUCUCCCAGUUGGCCCCAGAUAGUCAUCUUGCUCAACCUGCUCAACCCGCACCUCCCAUGCCUCAGGCCGCCCCUCCUCCGCCUCCGCCUAUGAAUGGGCCCCCAUCACCAUUCAGCCAACAACCUCCACUCAUACCCGUCAUCACUCCCCAGCAGGACUUGACCGAAAGUCCCUGGGCCGUCCCUCCACGGGUCGAGGAUUCAACCCCAUCCCCUAUUCCCUUCGCCCCGUCUCAGAAGCAACCUUCUAUGUAUAAUGAUAACUUAUUGGAUCGAGGCCAGCAGAACGGCACAGUCUCCCUUCAAAAUGAACUUUCCACCAUCCCCAACGCUGCCACUACCACUGCCGCUUCGUCAUUUCCGGAUGAGCCUUCUUUGCUCGAGGAUGAGGAUGACAUCGGACCUCCGCUACCGAUUCGUCCCAACCAGAGACCCAAUACUGAAUACUUUGAACCUCCAGAAGGGCCGCCGCCGCCAAAACCCCCUCGUCCAACCAUUAGGACCACUGGCCCCUCGUCGGAUGACCUAGCCAAGAUGCGCGAACAGAGAAACGAAACAUACCAGGUCAAGCAUUUCAAUUGGUUUGACCACAACUCUCGUCGAUUGCGAACCUCAUCCAUGUUGACCCAGAAUAAGAAUGGUCCCUGUCCUUUACUCGCGCUGGUCAACGCCUUGAUCUUGGGAGCCAAAGACGAAUCCCAGGCGUCUCUCGACGAUGCUCUUCGUUCUCGAGAGCAAGUCACUCUGGGUCUCAUCAUUGAAACAUUGAUGGAUGAACUUCUCUCGCGAGGCAUGGAGUCAGUCGGAGAGGUACUUCCCGAUGUCGACGAGCUAAACGCCUUCCUACUGCGUCUCCGGACCGGCAUGAACGCCAACCCACGAUUCGUCGCUCCGGUUGAUCCUCCUGUCAACCUCAUGGAUGCAGAUGAUGCCAUGAUCAACAUGCCCCAGCAGCGGCGAGCACAACUCCAGCGAGGAGGUUUCGAAAGCACCAUCGACAUGAAACUCUACGGCGCGUUCAAUGUGCCACUGGUCCAUGGCUGGCUGCCUGACCCAGGCUCAGAUGCUGAAAAGGCUUUCCGGCAUUCAGCCCCGACCUAUGAAGACGCCCAGGCCCUCCAAUUCGGCGAAGAAGAGCUCGAAUACAAACUCACCAAUUCGAGCUUGACUGCUGAUGAACAAAACAUGUGGCAGAACAUUCAAUCCAUCAAGGCAUUUUUAAGCAGUUACCCUACGCAACUGACUCCAAGCGGGCUGAAAGCCGUCCAGUCGUCGAUUCCCUCGGGCUCCUUUGCCAUCAUGUUCCGCAAUGACCAUUUCAGCACCAUUUACAAGCACCCAGAAAGUGGACAACUAUUUACACUCAUCACAGAUGCUGGAUAUGCAGACCGGGACGAGAUCAUUUGGGAGAGUUUGGUCGACAUCAGUGGCAGUAGCAAUGAAUUUUUCUCCGGAGACUUUAUGCCCGUCAGCCACAACAGUGGAGGAGGUGACACCUCAUCCAUACAUCCCAGUGCUCGCCGGACCUCACAGUUUUUGUCGGCCAACGAGCAGACCCCAGGGCCAAUGUCCCCUCAGGAACGACAAGAACAGCAUGAUGCUGAUUUUGCCAUGGCACUGCAACUGCAGGAGGAAGAAGAACAACGCCAACGUGCUGAGAGAAAUCGACGAAGAAGUGGAACGACCCCAGCGAGCAAUACGGGCGCUGGUAACACGCCGGGUAAUACGCGAAGGCAGUCAGGCAAUAUACCAAUUCCUCUCCGGUCUCAAGCGGAAGCACGGCCUUCGAUCCCACCGCGAGUGUCGAGGGCGAACAUCCCGGCGGUAAAUCGGCCAGCUGAUGCUGAUAGCGAGGAUGCACCUCCCGCGUACGAGGAGGCUGCCAAAGGAGCUCCUUAUAUUCCACCGGUUGGCAGUCCACUGCACCCUCAUGCGGACCCAAGCCCGAUGAACUCACAGGCGCAACUCACAGGAACCAUCAGCAAUACAUCACACUCCGGCGCGGAUGGACAUCCCCCUGGACCGCAUGCACCUCCAACUGCUGGACCCAGUUCCGGGGCAGGUCGUCGUCCGACGGGGCGAAGGACAAGUGCAUAUCACGAGCAGAGUCAGCAGCAGUAUUCGAUGCCACAGAGAACUUAUGGAUUAAAUGUGGCACAGCAACCUAUGGCAUAUCCCGGACCUUCUAGGAGGAAAGAGGACCGAGAUUGCAUUGUAAUGUGAGAAGAAGAUGAAAUGGCCACGCAUAAAUCAUGCUCUAAUAAGGCCUUUGGAAGCCAUGACGAGGUGACUUGAGGGCGUGUGAGGAAUUUGUUUCUUGGGUCCGCGUCCAUGGCUCAGUAAGUCGAUAGAGGUUUCAUGGGACCACAACUCGAUGUAAAUGUAAUUUGGAUGAGGAAUGAUUCAUGAUUUGACAAGAGCAACAAUACCUAUACACAGUGGGUGUCUGCUGUGUAUUCCAGACCUCAUCCAUAUCUAGAGGGGCGGAUUGAUUUCUUGACUGAGCCUUGCCACGGGAACGUAUCAGGGCAUCUACACAUGCAUCCUACGCCUUAUCAUAGACCCUAUAGGUAUUUACUUAUGUAAACCC